AAGUCAUGGCCAUUCUUUUUGCUGUUGUUGCCAGGGGAACUACUAUCCUUGCCAAACAUGCUUGGUGUGGAGGAAACUUCCUGGAGGUGACAGAGCAGAUUCUGGCUAAGAUACCCUCUGAAAAUAAUAAACUAACUUACUCACAUGGCAAUUAUUUGUUUCAUUACAUCUGCCAAGACAGGAUUGUGUAUCUUUGUAUCACUGAUGAUGAUUUUGAGCGUUCUCGAGCCUUCAGUUUUCUGAAUGAAGUAAAGAAGAGGUUCCAGACUACUUAUGGUUCAAGAGCACAGACUGCUCUUCCAUAUGCCAUGAAUAGCGAGUUCUCAAGUGUUUUGGCUGCACAACUGAAGCAUCACUCUGAAAAUAAAGGACAAGACAGAGUGAUGGAGACUCAAGCACAAGUGGAUGAACUGAAAGGAAUCAUGGUCAGAAACAUAGAUUUGGUUGCUCAACGUGGAGAAAGAUUGGAAUUACUGAUAGAUAAAACAGAAAACCUUGUGGAUUCAUCUGUAACUUUCAAAACUACCAGCAGAAAUCUUGCUCGAGCCAUGUGUAUGAAGAAUAUCAAGCUUACUAUCAUCAUCAUCAUCGUAUCAAUUGUGUUCAUCUAUAUCAUUGUAUCACCUCUCUGUGGUGGGUUUACAUGGCCAAGCUGUGUGAAGAAAUAAGAAAGUUACCAUUAACCAAGGAUACAAGUGUAAAAGGAGAUAAAGGCAAUUCAUGUGACUCAGGCUUUUCACUACUCUCAGAAAAUAUCUGCCAGUUUCUUUAAUCUUCUUUUCACU